ACGUCAUUUUACGUGGCUUGCAAAAAGUCGAAAACAUUUCGGAGGCAUUUACUAAUUAUGUACAUUUGUAUGUAAUUUUAGUGAAUGCAGCUCAUAAAAAUUCAAUGUGCAUAGUGCAAACACACAAACAGCAAUAAAAAACCAUACGUCGCUAACACUAAACAUACUGCAUGUUCAGACAGACACAUACACACACAGAAAGGCAAUGAUUCAAAGGAUAUAAAUAUUGGCCAACUUUAGAUAGACUACCGCAAAUAUGAACAAUAUGCAGAGCGCAACGCCCAAUAAUGUGGGCGUGGGCAUUAAGAGCGCACGCAGCAACAUUUUCACAGUCGAUGGCCUGCCCACGCAGCAGAUGCAGCAGCAUCAGCAGCUGACCAUCGACUACUCCAGCAUCCGUGGCAAGGAUGUCCUUGUCCAGCCCACAGACGAACAGCGGCAGCUGCUCAAGCGACGCAUCCUCGAUCGCAUCGCGGACAGCUGCGGCGAGACAAUCUACGAAAUCGGCGUGGGUGAAGAUGGCAGAGAUAGCGGCCUGAAUGCGGAGGAGUUUGAGGCAUCUGUGCAGACACUGCGCCAGCUGGCUGCUGAAAUGGAUGCGGACCUGGUCAAUCUGCGCGAGCGAGCCGUCGAGAAGGGCAAAACGGCACAGUUUCUAAUACGCAAGCAUAUAGACACCACGGACUUCAUGGAGAUACGCGUUGCGGUCGUUGGCAAUGUGGAUGCUGGUAAAUCAACACUGCUGGGCGUGCUGACACACGGCGAACUGGACAAUGGGCGUGGCCAUGCCAGACAGCGCCUCUUUCGGCACAAGCACGAAAUCGAAAGCGGUCGCACCAGUUCCGUGGGCAACGACAUACUCGGCUUCGAUGGCGUUGGCAACGUGGUCAAUAAACCGGAUCACGGCCACCUCGACUGGGUGAAGAUAUGCGAGAAGUCCGCCAAGGUCAUCACCUUCAUAGAUCUGGCGGGGCACGAACGCUACCUGAAGACAACCGUGUUCGGCAUGACGGGGCAUGCGCCCGACUUUGGCAUGCUGAUGAUUGGCGCGAAUGCAGGCAUUAUUGGCAUGACGAAGGAGCAUCUUGGCCUGGCUUUGGCACUGGCCGUGCCUGUCUUUGUGGUCGUCACCAAGAUCGACAUGUGUCCGCCUAAUGUGCUGCAGGAUAAUAUGAAGCUGCUCUUCAAGAUGCUCAAAUCGCAGGGAUGCCGCAAGGUGCCGGUGGUGGUGCGCAGCCAGGACGAUGUGGUGCUCAGCGCCACGAAUUUUGUCAGCGAGCGCCUCUGUCCCAUAUUCCAGGUGUCGAAUGUGAAUGGCGACAAUCUGGAGCUGCUCAAGAUGUUCCUCAAUCUGUUGAGCACUCGCAUGGCCGGCUCCGAGAAUCUGCCAGCGGAAUUCCAAAUCGAUGAUGUGUAUUCGGUGCCGGGCGUCGGCACCGUUGUCUCCGGCACCUGUCUGCAGGGCACCAUCAAGCUGAACGAUGUCCUCAUGCUGGGCCCGAAUGCCGUUGGCAACUUUGUGCCCAUCACCAUCAAGAGCAUCCAUCGCAAGCGGAUGAAUGUGGAGCGGGUGCGUUGCGGCCAAACGGCCAGUUUUGCGCUGAAGAAAAUCAAGCGGACGUAUUUGCGCAAGGGCAUGGUGAUGGUAUCACCGGAACUGAAGCCGCAGGCCUGCUGGGAAUUCGAGGGCGAAAUCCUGGUGCUGCAUCAUCCGACAACGAUCUCGGCCCGCUACCAGGCGAUGGUGCACUGCGGCAGCAUCAGGCAAACGGCGUCAAUUGUGCGCAUGUCCUGCGACUGUUUGCGCACCGGCGACAAGGCGCGCGUCAAAUUCCGGUUCAUCAAGCAGCCGGAGUACAUACGCGCCGGACAGCGUCUGGUCUUUCGCGAGGGACGCACCAAGGCGGUGGGCAACAUACUGCAGCCGAUGCCACAUGCAGCGGCCUCACCAUAUCGACCCAAGCCGGCCAAGAUGCAGUCGCGUGCCCACAAUGGGAAUAACGGCAGCGGCAGCAACAGCAGCAACAAUCAGCAGCGUCAUCACGGCCAGGGAUCGUCGUCAGCAGCAUCACAAGCGGCGGCCGGCGGCAGCAGCAAGGAUGCAGCUGGUGAGGAUCAGAAGCCACAGAAUGGCGAGCGACGUGAGGGCAGCCGACGGGGUGGCAAGCGGAAACGCAACAAUCGAGUGCAACCAGCAGCGAUGCCCCUCAACGGCAACAGCAGCAGCGCCCACGUGGAUGCCACGCCGAUGGUGGAGCCACCACCAAACUAGAAAUUUAUACUUGUAUUUUAAAUCACAAUCUGUUCCAAAAUGCAUUUUGUGUGUAUUCAAAAAACAAAAACAAAAAACAUUUGUUAGUUGUUAAGCUCAAGCUCCUCCCAAGUAUUUGGCGAAACGGUUGUGCUAAGAAUGUGAAUCAAGCAGCUGCUGUUUGCUACAGUGAACACUAGCGGUGAGCGACGUUGAUCACUUUGUAUGCUGUGCGAAAUUUGCGAAAGUGAAUGAGAAAUAAAUAUGUUUUUUGAUUUCGUC